AUGCGUACGGAUAAGCUCAAACUUAAUGAUGACAAAACUGAGUUCAUGUUGACUGGUACAAAACAACAACUUUCUAAAGUAAAUAUUGAUUGCCUUACCGUAGGAAGCAUUGACGUUGCUCUUAUCACUGUGGCAAGAAAUUUAGGGACAUGGUUCGAUUCUAACUUGAAUCGUAUCCGAAAAUAUCUGUCCCAGGAGUCUGCACGAACUUUGGUCCAUGCUUUUAUAAUUGGUCGUAUAGAUUACUGCAACAGCCUUCUAUUUGGUUUACCCUCUGUUCAUCUACUUAAACUGCAACGCUUGCAGAAUGCAGCUGCUCGGCUUAUAUCUAAUCUCCCUCGCUACAGUCACAUAACACCAGUACUAUGUUCGUUACAUUGGCUUCCUGUCAAAUUUCGUAUUGAUUUUAAAAUACUUCUUUUUACUUUUAAAGCUAUCUACGGUCAUGCACCUGGUUACUUGAUCGAUUUGAUUGCUAUUAAAGAACAGCCGCGCUAUAAUCUCCGUUCAGCUAGCGGGUCUUAUCUUAAAGUAUCCUAGUUUAAAACUGAAAAAGACUUUAGGGGAUCGUGCUUUUUCAUCUGCUGCCCCUAAUACAUGGAACAAUCUGCCCCUUCACAUCCGUCUUGAGGACAAUUUUGAAUGUUUUAAAUCUUUACUUAAGACGCAUCUUUUUAGGCUAGCUUUUGAUAUGUAA